CGUCAGCGGGUUUCAUAUUUUAAACAGAACAAGAUGGCGGAUGAGAGCGGGCUGAGGUUUAGGAAUCAUUCCGAACAGAAUUGCAAAAACAACGCUUUUGUUGAAGGUAUCAGUGGUGUGGAGGAUGUUGCCUUGAAUUCAGAGGAUAUCCCCAUGAAGGAGGCCCGGCCCAUACAGAUUGUCCUGGCACACGAAGAUGAUCACAACUUUGAGUUGGACGAGGAGGCCUUGGAGCGCAUCCUCAUGCAGGAGCACAUCCGGGAUCUCAACGUGGUGGUUGUUUCUGUGGCAGGAGCUUUCCGAAAGGGCAAAUCUUUCCUGCUGGAUUUCAUGCUGAGAUACAUGUACAAUAAGAAUUCAACAAUAUGGUUGGGAGGAAAAGAUGACCCAUUGACUGGGUUUACUUGGAGAGGUGGAUGUGAACGAGAAACGACUGGCAUUCAGGUCUGGAGCGAAGUGUUUGUAGUUGAAAAGCCUGAUGGAAGCAAGGUGGCGGUGCUCUUAAUCGACACGCAGGGGGCCUUUGACAGCCAGUCAACUAUCAAAGACUGUGCCACAGUGUUUGCCUUGAGCACUAUGACCAGUUCAGUUCAGGUUUAUAAUUUAUCUCAGAACAUCCAAGAAGAUGACCUUCAACAUCUGCAGCUGUUCACAGAAUAUGGACGGCUUGCUAUGGAGGAAAUAUACAAGAAACCAUUUCAGACACUUAUGUUUCUAAUUCGAGACUGGAGUUAUCCUUAUGAGCAUUCCUAUGGUCUUGAUGGAGGAAAGAGUUUUUUAGAAAAGAGGUUGCAGGUGAAACAGAACCAACAUGAAGAGCUGCAGAAUGUAAGGAAGCAUGUCCAUUCCUGUUUCUCGAAGAUCGCUUGUUUCUUGCUGCCACAUCCGGGCCUUAAGGUUGCCACAAAUCCUAACUUUGAUGGAAGAUUAAAUGACAUAGAUGAUGAAUUUAAGAAGGAGUUGGAGAAUUUGGUGCCAAUUUUACUAGCUCCUGAGAACUUGGUAGUAAAAGAAAUCAGUGGCUCCAAAGUGACCUGCAGAGAUCUUGUAGAGUACUUUAAAGCUUACAUCAAAAUAUAUCAAGGAGAGGAACUGCCUCAUCCCAAGUCCAUGCUACAGGCAACUGCUGAAGCCAACAAUCUUGCAGCUGUUGCGGGAGCAAAAGACUCUUACAACAAAAGUAUGGAGCAGAUAUGCGGAGGAGACAAGCCUUAUAUUGCACCUUCAGACUUGGAGUGCAAGCACUUGGGUCUGAAAGAGUCAUCCAUCAGACAAUUUUGCUCGGUGAAGAAAAUGGGAGGAGAGGAGUUCUGCCGCCGUUACCAGGAGCAGCUUGAGGCUGAAAUCGAAGAGGGCUAUGCAAACUUUAUCAAGCACAACGAUGGCAAAAAUAUUUUCUACGCUGCUCGCACACCAGCUACACUUUUUGCUGUUCUGUUCGUCAUGUACGUCGUUUCAGGAGUGACUGGUUUCAUUGGUUUGAACACAAUAGCUACCCUCUGCAAUCUUGUUAUGGGAGUAGCAUUACUAUCGCUCUGUACAUGGGCGUAUAUUAAAUAUUCUGGGGAAUUCAGAGAAGUCGGAACAGUCAUCGAUCAAGUAGCAGAAACCUUAUGGGAACAGGUGUUGAAGCCUCUGAGUGAUCAUUUCAUGGAAGAUAACAUUAGACAGACUGUGGCAAACUCCAUCAAAGCAGGUCUGACUGAGCAGGUUACCCAGCAUGCCAAAUUAAAGAGAAACUGACAGUUGUCAUGGUCACCUUUUUAACACGGCUCUCCUGACCUAGAGUGCUUUUUGUAGACUGAGGACUCUGAACCAAAGUUUACAGUUUUUGCUGUAGAAUUUAAUUUGACUGAACUGGCUUCACAGGAUACUGGUGAUUCAUCAGGUUUUUUAAAGUGUAAGUGUGUGUGUGUGUGUGUGCCUCGUUUUCAGGAUGAAACAUGACUAGUGUGUUAGUAGAAACAUUAACCAUCUUUCAACAUUUUGAUUAAUUUAAAAACUUGAAUCAAUGACUGGCUAAUUUUUAACUUUUAGUUUAAAUAAAUUAAAAUAAAAAAAAACUUUAUAAAGGUUUUUAUAAACUGAUUGUACUGGUUCGGUGUAAAAGGGUAUUUCAGGGAAAAGCAACUUUAUUGCUGCUUUGUGUAACUCAAGCAAAAUCUAGACAUCAACAGACUGUAGCUAAUUAUUAGAUAUUCUUUAUGUCCAACUGAAUUUAUUUGAACCUGGAAUUAUUUACUGUAAACAAAUGGUAACCGGCUGUUGUGAAGCCCUGGAGUCACUAAUUUUAUUUAAUAUUGCUUUAGUGUCUGCGUAUCAGUAUUAAACAUUGCAUGUUCUCAGAUCUACACAGCCCACACAACAUAGAGGUAAAGCUAUUUUAGGGAAAGGGGAGUAAUUCAGAACUGUACAUUGCCUUGCCUUUUAUCUGCAAACCUUGCCUGAAGAAGAUGCGUCAAAGAAAAGCUAUUCUAUAGGUGAUUUUUGUUUGUUUUCCUGUAAACUAACACAAACGUACAUAAAAUAUGCCAAUGUUUUAAUGAGAAUUCCAUCCAAGCUGAUGUCUGUCUGUACAGAGUGUUUAUCUUGUCUUCAUUUUUCUAUCGAACACAAAUAGGGCAUGUAUAAACUAUAAAUAUAUAAAUACCAAUUUUUGUAUCAAGUUUUGUAGUUUAUGGCAAAAAAAUACAUCAUCUGAUUGUGGUAGGCUAAAGUGCAGUUCAUGUAAAGGAAUGUUCUGUGGUUUGAUUUUAAAUGUGACAAUGCAUUUUCAAACUCAAGUUUUUUGAUAUUUGUGAUAUGACCUGCCUUGAGCACUGCAAUUCCACCCCUUCUUAUGGCAAAGCAAUGGGAAUGUGAGUAGUGGAACUUGAUUUGUCUUCUGUUGCAUUUUAAAGUUCUUUCCUGUAAUUUAUUUUUCAAUACAUAAUUAAAUCAAACUACUAUAUAGUAAA